UUGUAUUUUUUUCUUUCCCUCCAAACUUCUGCUUUAGUCUUUUACCAUGAAACACAGAUUCUUUGACUUUUUAAACAUUAGUCGUCUCUCAAAAACACAAUUUUGAAGCCAAAAUUAAGAUACCUAAAGCUUGGUUUAUCUCUUUUGGGAUCUUUUAGUUUUGUUUUUCAAUGGCUGAAGAAUCAAAAGCUCGGUUAGUUCGUUGCCUGAGGUGUGAUAGUCUUAUAAAGGAGCUUCCUCGGUAUUCUUUCUUCAAGUGUGGUUCUUGUGGUGCUGUUCUUCAAGCAAAGAAGAAAGAACAGGUGAGUAAUGUGAGGGAACAUAGGCUUAAUCCUGGUAGAAUCGAGAAAAGAGAUGGAUAUGUUGAUGAUUAUAUGUCACAAUCAAAGAAUCCAAUGAAUAAUUGGGCUCAUCAAAGGCAUGAUCAUCAUGAUUUGAACAUUAACAGGUCUAGAUCUGUUAAUUCAAGUAGGGAGAGCAAAUUUGGGGUUUACUCGCCCAGAUUAGAUAACUUGAGUAGGUCCUUGAGGUUGAAAGGUGUGGAUAGAGAUGGGUUUGGAGGGUUUUACAAAAGGAGCCUGGAAACAAUAGAUGAGGGACCUUCAAGUUAUAGGUCUGCUUCAGCCUAUGGCUACUGUAAACCAGUGAAGGGAUUUGAAUAUCUAGAUGUGCCUAAUGGGGUUCGAAAUUUCGAGAAGGAUCGAGCUCAGGUGCUUAAGAAGCUGGAUGAGUUAAAGGAUCAACUGAGUAGGUCUCAUGAUAUGCCCCAGAGACCUAGGGAACUGGUUCCGAGUUAUAACAAGAUGGACUCAACUGACCAUCUUGGUAGUUCUAUUGGGAUGUCUUCGGCUCAUCUUCGGUCUGGACAGUAUCAUUAUUCAAUGAAUAAUGAUGAAAAUGUGGUGAACUUCUAUGGAAACUACCAUUCAGUUUCGAAGCAUGCUCGUCCUCACCCUCAGCAAAGGACUUAUGGCUAUGAGCAUCAUCUUGCAUCAUAUAUGAAUCAAGAGGAAGCCUUGUAUCACCUCACUGCAUGCUCAUGUUUAUAUUGCUAUGACAAAAACCGGAAAGGCCCUUUGCGAGUUACACCAGCUGCUUUUGGCAACAGAGGUUCUUUGAAAGACCCUUGCAAUUCUACUUCGAAUCAUUAUGUGAGUUCUAACAGAGUUGGGCAACACUAUCUACCUAGACCUCAAUCAAACUUUGAAGAUACACCGGUGCACUUAUGGCCAAGUGACAUCGGUUCGGAUAUUGAUGAUUUUGGUCGAAGAUGUAUUAGAAAGGUAGUGCUAACCGAAAGGAAGAAUCGGCUUUGUCACCCUAUAGCCAGUGGUGCUCCAUUUAUAACAUGCUAUAAUUGCUUGGAACUGUUAAAAUUGCCUAGAAAAUUCAGGAAAAUGAUGGACAAUGAGCAGAGAUUACAAUGUGGUGCUUGUUCCACUGUGAUUGUGUUUGAAAUGAGGAAGAAGGGACUGAUUAUUUCUGUCCCUGGAAAUCUCAAGCAAACACCUACUGAAGCCGAAGAAGCGUCUAAUGGAUGUUUUAAUGCUGGUGGCACCAUCCAACAAAUUUCAAAGGAAGAUCAGAGUCCUCCUAAUGUCAUUGAUUGGAGAGAUUCACCAGGCUCUUCCGAGCUUCCGUUUAGUUCCGAUAUUUCCACAACAGUUUCAAGUUUACCUUUUCGGGAUAGGACUAAACCAGAACAUCAAGAGAAGGUUAUCCUAGUGAAAAGUGCUUCUCAAGCUGUUUCCGGAAAAAAUUCACUGCGGGGGACAACUGAGGCGGAAGUUUCUUUCAAUAGAUGUCGGAGUUCAAGUUCAUCUCGAGACUCUUUGGAAGGAAGCAAAGAACAAAACCAGCUGAAACUCCACAAGGGGAGCAGAUCAUUUUUAGGUCUUAUAAAGAAAAGCUUUAGAGAUUUCUCAAGAUCUAAUGGUAACAUAAAGAAUGAAAGGCCUAAUGUUUCGGUGAAUGGACAUCCAAUAUCUGAAAAUGGAGUUAGAAAGGCAGAAAAGCAAGCUGGGCAGGUUCAUCCCGGAAAUUACUGGUACGAUUCUCGAGCCGGAUUCUGGGGUGUGAUGGGCCGACCAUGCUCUGGCAUAAUUCCUCCGUUCAUCGAAGAAUUCAAUUACCCCAUGCCCAAAAACUGUGCUGCUGGAAACACAGGCGUCUUUAUAAAUGGGAGAGAACUGCACCAGAAAGAUCUGGACCUACUAGCUUGCAAAGGAUUACCAACUGCAAGUGAUAAAAGCUAUAUUAUCGAAUUCUCCGGACGAGUUCUCGAUGAAGACACGGGCGUAGAAUUAUACACUCUUGGCAAACUGGCCCCAACAGUCGAGAAAGAGAAACGUGGAUUCGGCAUGCGAGUUCCCGGUGCGGUCGAGUGAUUAAAGAUGGAGCUGCGAUGAACUUAUUGGAAACAGGUCCAAUAAACAAAACCAUGUUCAAUGGUGAAUGUAAAGUCAGAAUCAUACACAACAUUAUGUUGUAUUUGUAAAAUAAAAAAUAAAAAAAAAUGAAAGAAAUUCAGUAAGCACCAUAUAUUAUUUCUUGCCUUGUGAGAUUCUUUUAAAAGGCAGGAAGGAAAGAUGUCAAUGUCAAACACAACUUAUUUCACUGCCACCCAAGAACAAGCUUGGCCAUUAAAA